UCUUCUAUUUUAUAAAAACUAAUUGAAAUAGAAAAGAAAAUGAUUUCCUUAUUUGCAGUUUUUCCAUUCUUAAUUUUCUUGGCAUUUAUUGUGCUUUCAUCCAAAAAAUGCAAGAAAAAUCUUCCUCCAUCUCCUCCAAAACUUCCUUUCAUCGGAAACUUUCACCAAUUGGGGCAACAACCACACCGCUCUCUCCAAAAAUUAACGAAUGAAUAUGGCCCAAUGAUGAUGCUUCAGUUCGGCAGCGUCCCUGUAUUAAUCGCUUCCUCAGCCGAAGCAGCUUCCCAGAUCAUGAAGACUCAGGAUCUGGGUUUUGCUAACAAGCCCAAAUCCAUUAUUCCCAGCAAGCUUUUUUUCGGUCCAAAAGACGUGGCCUUCACUCCAUAUGGUGAUUACUGGAGGAACGCCCGAAGUGUUUGUAUGCUUCAGCUUUUGAACAACAAAAGAGUCCAAUCCUUUAGCAAAAUUAGGGAAGAAGAGACUUCUCUUCUUCUCCGAAAGAUUAACGACUCAAUUGACAAUUCACAAGUUGUUGAUUUGACGGAUCUGUUUGUGAGCAUGACGAAUGACGUGCUUUGCAGGGUGGCAUUAGGAAGGAAGUAUUGUGACGGCGAAGAAGGGAAAAAAUUCAAAUCAUUGGUAAUAGAGUUUGUUGAGUUGUUGGGUGUUUUUAACAUCGCCGAUUACAUGCCUUGGCUUGCGUGGGUGAAUCGUUUCAACGGAUUAAAUGCGAAAGUGGACAAAGUAGCUGAGGAGUUUAGUGCAUUUUUGGAAGGCGUAAUUGAGGAACACAAGGAGAAGAUGAUCAAAAUAGAUGACAAAGAGGAUGGGUCAGCUGACUUUGUCGAUAUAUUGCUCCAAGUUCAGAAAGAAAACAAGUCGGGUUUUAAAGUUGAGAUGGAUUCGAUUAAAGCUAUUAUCAUGGAUAUGUUUUCUGCAGGAACAGAUACAACCUCCACUCUUUUAGAAUGGACAAUGAAUGAACUCAUCAGAAAUCCAAACACAUUGCGGAAAUUAAGAGACGAGGUGAGACAAGUAACUCAAGGGAAGUCGGACGUGACAGAGGACGACUUGGAGCACAUGCCUUAUUUAACUGCAGUGAUGAAAGAGAGUCUACGUCUUCAUUCUCCGGUGCCAUUGCUUCCUCGGGAAGCAAUAAAGGACACCAAAGUAUUGGGCUACGACGUGGCUGCUGGAACUCAAGUCUUUGUUUGUCCUUGGGCUAUCUCUAGGGACCCGACCAUAUGGGAAAAUCCAGAGGAGUUUCAACCAGAAAGGUUUUUGGAUAGUUGUGUAGAUUACAAAGGGUUAAAUUUUGAGUUAAUUCCAUUUGGUGCGGGUAGAAGAGGUUGUCCUGGAAUCACAUUCGCUAAGGUUGUGAAUGAAUUGGCAUUGGCAAGAAUGUUGUUUCAUUUUGAAUUCUCGUUACCAAAUGGAGUAAAAGCGGAAGACUUGGAUGUGGAUGAAGCUCUUGGAAUUACAGUCAGACGAAAGUUCCCUCUCUUAGUCGUUGCAACUCCACGCAUUUGAUUUCUUAUAUUUUAUGUAGCAAUGCCUUUGGAAGUUGUCUUUCAUCUUGAGAUUUUAGCAUGAUACUACUGCAAGGUGGGCUGCCUCCAACAUACACCAGGCAAAUAAUGUUUCUUUUUUUCUUUUGUCUUUUCAAAAUUGUUAAAUAUAUUUCCCAAGUAUCUUUGUUCAUUAGAUUAAUGUAUCAAUAUAUUUGAUAAAUAUGAAUCAGUAUUAACGAACGAGGUGAGACCUUAUUUUGAGCUUAUCUAUUUCUCCAUUUGGC